GUCUGCGCCCCGGGCCGGGCCCCAGCCCCCAGCCUGGAUUCUGGGACAACGCAGAGUCCGGCUCAACCCACGUAGGGCCCACACCAGGAAGGGACUUGGCUGAGGACGGUACGGGGAAGGGUGUCACACCUGGGCGUUUGGCUCUGCAGGUGCUGUGGCCGAAAGAGGCUCCUACAGGGAAGCCUCGCGCCCAGACCCCCGCCCCCUCUCCGGGCCAGCGCUCAGGGGCACUCGGGGCGUCAGUCCCAGUUCCUUGGGCAUCCUGGCUGUAGGCGAGUGUGUGCAGAGGAAAGCGCCUCUCACAUUUGUAGGGGUGCGCCCGGUGCACGGCCACGACCUCUCACGGAGCGCCAGAGCCUAUAUAUGGAGGCCUAUUCCAAAAGACUCCUCAAACCAAUCCACUCGGCUCAUCUCUAAUCCUCACUCCAUGGUGGCCCAGGGGUAGGGGCGCUACCCACCCGUUUCUCAGGUCCCAAACAUGGGGUUAUACUGGAAUUCUACAGUGGAUCCAUCCACAAGGCUCGUCCACCCAGUUCAGCCACUGCAGCGACCCUUCCUGGCUUGGAUGGCCCCAGGCUCCUCCCUUGAUGCUUUCUCCACACACAGCGAGAGGGACCGUGUCAUUCCGCUGCUGGGAACCACAAGAUGGCUUCCCCAUUCCCUCCAACACAGUUUCGGACCUCGGACUUUGCACAUGCAUUUUCCACUGGCCAUCCUGAGUGCCUGUCCGUUUGACUGCCCCUUGCCCUCCUUCAGCAGGGUCAUCCUUUCAUCCACUGGACACGCACGAUCCCUCCAGUGUGCCGGCCCUGUGCUAUGACCAGGGACCGAGCUGUAAGAGAACUCCUGCCCUGUCACCAUGGAGUGGGGAGAGGCGUGAGUAAGGACACAACACGGGGUCUUGGAGAAAAGCAAAGUACAACAGGGGGAUGGAGGAAGUGUGGGAUGGGAGCUGCUUUGUGGGGCCAAGAGGAGAUGAAGAAUUUGCCACUGGGAAAGAGGUGACGGAAGCGAGGGAGGGACUCUUGCCACUGAGUGAGGAAAGCCCUGCAGGCCCAGCCCCUGCAAGUGCAAAGGCCCUGAGGUUGGACUGGGCUUUCCGCUUUCACUGGAGGAGAAAGGGGUGCCAUUUUGCUAUGUUGAGCACAGGACUAGACAGGCUGGGCUGGGACCCAGACAAGGUUGGUGGCAGCUUGGUGGCCUUCACAUCUAGAAGGAUUUGGCACGAUUGUCCGAGAAGGAGCAGCUUUGGAAUUGACCAGGCAUGGGGUUUCUGAAGGGGUAGAUCUGAGGUCACUGGGCGCUGGGCAGGCCCUGGUGGCACUGAGCAUAGGUUGCGUUCAUUAUCUUUGCUCAUCCUAACAAGGGCUCCUGGUGAUCCCUGACAGUGCCGGAGCCCCUGGGCUGUGCAUCCUGCAGACUCCCAAGUUGGGGGAAGUGAUGGAAGGGGAGUUUAUGCACCCCAGGAUUCCGGGCUGCGGGGAGUCGUGAGCCCCAGGACCAACACCACUUUGGUUUUCUUUCCUUGGGGAUCCUGGGAAGGGUCGGGGAGUCGUGAAGGGGGGACCGGAGGCGGAGAUUCAGCUGCCUCGGGAGAGGGCGGCUCCGCGUGGGGAGGGGGCGCCCGGGAGCGCAGGCUCCGCCCCCCGCCCCCGCCGGAAGGGAAGGGGAGGCGGUGGCUGGCGCGGAGCUAGUCAGACGCGGCGGAGAAAGCGGUGGGGGCGGCCGGCCGGGGACCGGGCGGCACCGGGCGACACCGAGCGGGUCGGAGCGGGCUUGCGGCCAACGUGAUCACGUGUGCGGCCCCUCCUCUGGCGCCUGCCUCCCCCGUGCGCCGCGCUCUUCAUUCAUAAAUUCUCCGCCUGCUCCGCGGCUACCGGGCGCCGGAGCCAGCCGGGAGCGCCGCGCAGCCGCCCGCCCGCCGCCCAUGGGCCGCGCGCCCCGGCGCUGAGGCCCCUCCUCCUAGCCUCAAAAUGCAGCCUACAGCCACCAUGGCCACAGCCGUCACCACCCCUGCCACUGUCGCCCUGACCACAACGUGGGACAACGUCACGGGCCGCCCCACGACUGAGCCGGACCCCAUACUGGACAACUCUGUGCUGCUGGUGGUGGUGAUGGCACUUUUCGUUGGGGGCACGCUCGUGGUGCUGUCAGGCGUGCUGCUGCUCUGCAGGCGCUGCUGGGAGGUCCACCGGCGCCUCCACAGAGCCCCAGAAGAAGCAGAGAAGACCACUACCACCUAUCUGGACAGCGGCACACACCCAGCCCCAGACCCCGACUUCAGGGGGGAGGACCCUGAGGGCCAGGAUGCUGAGACCGAGCGCUUCCUGUCCACCGGCUCCACUGGCCGCCGGGUGUCCUUCAACGAGGCAGCCCUAUUUGAGCAGAGCCGGAAGGCGAGGGACAAGGGCCGCAGGUACACCCUGACGGAGGGGGACUUUCAUCACUUGAAGAACGCCCGCCUCACACACCUGCACCUGCCGCCCCUCAAGAUUGUCACCAUCCAUGAGUGUGACUCAGGCGAGGCCAGUGCCACCACCACACCGCACCCCGCUGCAGCCCCCAAGGCCAGCUUUGCCAUAUUCCAGCCCCCGGGGAAGGCCCUCACUGGCCGCUCCGUGGGCCCCAGCUCCGCCCUGCCAGGUGACCCUUACAAUUCGGCCGUGGGCCCUGCCGACUUCGAGAUCAGCCCCUCGGCAUCCAGUGACUCUGGGGAAGGCACCUCGUUGGACGCGGCUGUCAGGAGUGCCAAGCCUGGGGGCCCCGGGGUGGCAGCAGGACCGGGGGAGGCGGGCCCCGGCUCUGGGGCGGGCCCUGUCCUGCAGUUCUUCACCCGCCUGAGGCGCCACGCCAGCCUGGAUGGGGCCAGCCCCUACUUCAAGGUCAAGAAGUGGAAGCUGGAGCCCAGCCAGCGGGCGUCCAGUCUGGACACUAGAGGCUCCCCAAAGAGGCACCACUUCCAGCGGCAGCGGGCAGCCAGCGAGAGCAUGGAACAGGAGGAGGGGGAUGCCCCCCAGGUGGACUACAUCCAGUACAUUGCCAGCGCUGGCGACGCAGUGGCCUUCCCGCAGCCCCGCCCCUUUCUGGCCAGCCCCACCAGCCCGCCCCCCCCUCUCGGCAGGCUAGAAGCAGCCGACGAGGUGGGCGCCGCGGGAGGAUCGAGCCCUGAUUCCCCCCCGGAGCGCAGCGGCAGCACGGGGCCUGAGCAGGAGCAGCAGCAUCAAGAGUCAGACAGCGAGCGGGAUGCAGGGCCAGAGCAGGCCCAGACCAUCUACCGUGACAUCUGGAGCCUGCGCGCCUCGCUCGAGCUGCAUGCUGCCAACGCCUCCGACCACAGCAGCAGCGGCAACGACCGCGACUCGGUGCGCAGCGGCGACAGCUCGGGUUCAGGCUCUGGAGGCACUGCACCCGCCUUCCCGCCGCCCUCGCCGCUGCCCACACCGCGUACGGCCGACAGCGAGGUGGGUGGGCCGCGCAAGCUGCUGCAGAUGGACAGCGGCUACGCCAGCAUUGAGGGCCGCGGCGCGGGCGAGGACGGGCUGCCCAGCGGGCCUGAGAAGCUCUCCUCCUUCACGAGCAUGGGCCGUGAGUUUACGGUGAGCAGCAGCUUCGAGGGGCCCAUCGAGCCCGCGGCCGAGGCGCCCUCCCGGCCCCGCAGCCCCCGUGCCUGGCCCCGCCGCGCCCCGCGCCGCGACUACAGCAUUGACGAGAAGACGGACGCGCUGUUCCACGAGUUCCUGCGCCACGACCCGUACUUCGACGAUGCCCCGUCCGCCGCCACUCGCCACCGUGCACGCGCGCACCCGCACCCCCAUGCACGCAAGCAGUGGCAGCAGCGUGGCCGGCAGCACAGCGACCCUGGCGCGCGGGCCGCGCCCUCCGCCCCACCCACGGCCCCACCCGGCAACGCCCGACCCGUGCGUGCGCCCCUGCGCCGGGGAGACAGCGUCGACUGCCCGCCCGACGGCUGCGCGGGUGAUGACCCGGCGGUCCCCGCUGUCCCCGCCAUCCCCGUCAUCGAGGAGGAGCCCAGCGGUGGCUGCCCGGGCUCCGGCCUGUGUGCCGGACCCCCAGGGGCACUACUGGACAAGCUGGCCGCCAGCCUCGACGACAGACUCUUCCCUCCCCGCCUGGCCGAGCCCGUUGCCGUGGCUCCCGCGCUGGCUGCAGCUGCGCCCACGUCCCCCGACCACAGCCCGGUCUAAGCCUGCGCCCCACGCCCACUUCACCUUGUUCGUCGCCGGCGGGGGCCUCCACGCCUCGGCGCCGGACGCCCCGGCGCGCAUGCCCCGGGACAGAGGGCCUCGAGCGCACACUAAGUGCCCCAGGCGCCCCGCACCGCCCCAAAGUGCGCACGCACACGAUCCCUUCCAGGCACUUCGCUGGGUCCCCGCGGAAUCGCAAGGCCAAGAGGACCCUGACUCGACUAGAGGGAGUGUGGUGGAUUCUCAUCUUCGGGCUCCUGAGGACGACGUCCAGCUUCCGCCGGCGCAGACAGCAGCGGGGUGGUGACCGGAAAAAUCGGGCGCACCGCAUCGUGUCUGGGGCACACAGCGGCGGGAAGCGCAGGCGCAGGGGCUGCAUCCUGGAGGGGCGACGAGUUCCGACUGCGCGAGACGCAUGCACAGAGUGCCCCUCACAGGCCCAGUUGAGCCUCGAGAUGCGUCGGGUCUGCACGCGCCGAGGGCUCCGCGCCAGGGCACCUGCGCCGAGGAUGCCGGGGCUGGGACCGCGGGGCGCUGAGGAUCCAUGUAGAGUGCGCCAGCAGGACCGGGAGGCUGGCCAAGGCCGCGGCCGCCGACCUCCCAAAGCGGAAGCCGUUUACCUCACCGCGGCGUGUGCUCGCGGCAGUCCGUGUCCCCUUUGAGCAAUAACUGCACCUGCCGCUGCCGCUGCCAGCCCUGAACACCUCCCGCAGCCCUCCUCCCAGUGUCUGCGCCCCUACGCUCACCUCUGCAUGUUGAGCGGGCUGCACGCCCAGUAACCGCACCGUCCACAGAGCUGCCAGGACUCACCAGUGUUUGAGACAUAAAACCCAAACGGUCAAGGUUUCAAGUUUCCCAAGCUUUAUUUAUUGCCAAAAGUUGGGGCAGCCCUCGCCAGCGGCCGGCCGAGUUGCCCCGCCCCGCCCCGCCCCGCCCCUCCCUUGGAAGCUUCGUGCUGUGUACUAUCCAGUGAUGGAGUUUCUUGUGUUUUGUUUUCUGGUUGAUUAUAAAUAUUUACUGCAUACUCUCGCUUGCUCUGGGUUUUCUCCGGGGACCCAGGAGCACAGAGGCCUUGGAGGGAAGGGGGUCAGGGCACCCCUGAACACUGCACUGUGGAGCCAUGGGCCCUGGGCUGAGCAAAGGCCGGCCUGUUGUGAUUUGGGGAGGCCAAGUCACCACUGAGAGCAGAGAUCCAGAUGGCAAACGGCAGACACGCCUGGGAGACCUA